AUGCCUUCGCCUGCUGAUGUUGUGGCCAAGACAGUGGCCACAGACUGCAGUCUUUCCGGGAAAGAGCCAGAAGGCCAGACCACCCCACCCACCUUGACCAGCCCGUGUUCAGGUCCUGGGCCGCUGAAAUUGGAGGAGGUUUCAAUGGAAGGCCAAAACUCGACGUCGGCACCAACCCCUUCUUCUGUUGGCGGCCUUCAACAAAGUCAACAACGUCGACGCAAAACUUUUCGGUUAGCCCUUAUGAAGCGGCAUCGAAACCGCAAGACAACGCCACCACCACCUCUUCUUUCACCGAAUACACCACCUCGAGAUGGGGCUCAGACCGACAGCCUGUUCGCUGAAGAUUGUGCAGCCCUGUCGUCACCUCAGCGGUCUUCGGGUAUCCCAAAGUUGACUCUGGCCAAAUGUGAAAAUGGCCAGUUUAGUGUAGUACCGAGUACACGUGACGAACCAGACGAUUCCCUCGAGGCUGCAUUGGCGCUGCCUUCGACCCGGAAAGAAGAGAAGCAUUCCACCUCUCCAAUACCACCACCAUCGUCACCACCGCCACCCCAGUCCGCAUCCUCGUUGCCACCGGCGAGUCCUCCAAUUCCGUCUCCGACUUCCCAGAAUAACGGGACAGUCAAUGUAGUCCCUGCUGAGACCUCGUCCCGAGAUAGCAGAAUCGAUUCUCUGGCUGGUCCAGCCACUGCUGAACGAGGACCCGUGCUCAUGGACGGCCCCUCUGGGUAG